AUGAGAUAUAACACUUCAGACCAUAAUAACCCACUUUUCUCUUACGUUCUCCCUCCUCUCCCCGAGAAUCCAUUACCUCCAUUACCGGCUAUACUAGAUCAAUCGUUGUACGACCAGGUAAUCACGCAUGUCUCUAUCCAGCAACUGACCAGAAGAAGCGUGAUGGCUUUUGCUAAACCUGAAGAAGGAUAUGAAAGGGCGACCGAUUACGAGAGAUUGGAGCAUGUCGGAGAUGGUUUACUAGAAUCAAUCGCCACAGGAAUUAUCCAAGACCUUUAUCCAUGGUUGAGACAGGGUGGAGCAGCUAUCAUCAGAGAUUAUUUAGUAUCUAACCAGACUCUCGCUCAACUGUCCAAAUUCUAUAAACUGCCUUUAUUGAUUAUAGCAGAUUAUGACUCAGUAGAGCGUGUUCAAGCUUCUGAAAAGAUCCAAGCGUCAGUAUUAGAAGCUUGGAUCGCAGGUGUUUUCUACAGUUUCAUAAGUUAUGGUGAUGGUGGUUCGUUUUCUGUUGAGAGGGCUCUCGAAGAGAGAGUCAGGGUACGAUAUGUGGGAUAUAUUGAUCACAUUUUAGCUGAAAAGGUUGAUGAUGAUGAGAUCGAGUUGUCCCAAGCGGAAGAAGAAGAAGGAGAGGAGGCUGAAGUCGAAAUAGAGAAUGAGCUUGAAGAUGAACAAGCACCACCUAGAGGUCUUCAGCCUGUCUUAGAGCCCAAGAGGAUCGAUAUCCCCUCGUCCAAGGAGUUCAAGAAGGUAUCUCCUACGAACGACCUGGAAGAUUUGAUCAGUAUGAUGAUGGUCUCUUCGACCAUACCCGUGACAAUCACUAGGACAAACACUUCAAUGAGCACGGUACUUCCUUCAUCUCUGCCAAAGCUUGAUCCAGCCUCGAGUUUGGAUCCAAUCGUCUCGAAUCACAGCAAGUCACCACCACCCAAUUCAUUUCUCAAUUCCAUUUCAAGCGAGUUCACAUCAGUCAAGCUCGAUCGAAGGAGGGACGCAUGUCCUGUCCUAGUAUCAGUGCUUGGCCCGCUUCCGCCACCACAAUCUGCCGUCGCAUCACCUGCAAUCAGAACCAAGGGCGAAGCAUACGAUCAUCUCGUUGCUUGGCUCACGCCUCUCCUCACUCCAUAUUGUCAAUGGAUAUACACACUGCUCCUAGCCGAACAAACGAAAAUCCUCGCUGAACUUCCUCCAGAUGUACCAAAGUUGGUCAUUCCGGAACACUGGAAAGAUGAAGAUCGAAAAAGUCAAGGAAUGGUUCAGGCUUUAGCUCAACAUCCUUGGAUCAAAGGUGCAGGUCAUAAACCUAAAUACGCGAAAGAGCCCAGAGAAGGCCAAAGAUGGUGUGUUUUCUGCAGAGUCCACGACCUUGACGGUAAAGAAUGGAUAGGAGAAGCUGUGAGACCUAAUGCACAAGCAGCAAAGAAUGUAGCUGCCUGGAUGGUAUAUCGCAGGUUAGGUCAGUAG